CCCCCCUCCGCCGCCGCCGCCGCCGCGCAGAUCCGCCGCCGCCAUGGCGACCUCCCGCACGUCCUGGGCCGACGUCGCCGACGCCGAGCCCGCGCCGCCCCCGACCGUCACCACCACCACCACCACCGCCCCCGCGGCCUCCAACGGCCCCGCCCGCUCCUCCUACGUCCCGCCCCACCUCCGCAACCGCUCCGCCUCCGCCUCCUCCGCCGCCGCGGUCCCGUCCUCCGCCGCGGCGCCGCCCUCCCGCUCCGCCGCCGGCAUCCUCUCCCGCCCCGGAACACGGGGCGGCGGCGGCGGCGGCGGCGGCGGCGGCGGCGGCGGCGGCGGGUUCGGGGGCCGCCCCCGCGGCGGGCCCCGCUGGGACCGCGAGCCGGACCCCUUCGCGGGCUCCGAGCCCCCGCUCCCCGCCGCCGACGCCGACGGCGUCCCCUUCGACGACCACCAGAACACGGGCAUCAACUUCGACGCCUACGAGGACAUCCCCGUCGAGACCUCGGGCCGCGACGUGCCCGCGCCCGUCGCCACCUUCGCCGAGAUCGACCUCGGCGCCGCGCUCAACGACAACAUCCGCCGCUGCAGGUACGUGCGCCCCACCCCCGUGCAGCGCCACGCGAUCCCGAUCUCGCUCGCCGGCCGGGACCUCAUGGCCUGCGCGCAGACCGGGUCCGGCAAGACGGCCGCCUUCUGCUUCCCCAUCAUCAGCGGCAUCAUGAGGGGCCCGCUCGCCGAGAGGCCGCAUCGGGGCGCGGGCAUGGGGAUGAGGACGGCCUACCCGUCCGCCCUCAUCCUGUCGCCCACCAGGGAGCUCUCCAUGCAGAUUCAUGAAGAGGCCAGGAAAUUUUCGUACCAGACUGGUGUUAGGGUAGUUGUUGCAUAUGGAGGAGCGCCGAUUACGCAGCAGUUAAGAGAUCUUGAGAGGGGUGUUGACAUUCUUGUGGCUACCCCUGGCCGUUUGGUUGACUUGUUAGAAAGGGCAAGAGUGUCAUUGCAGUCAAUUAGAUACCUUGCACUUGAUGAGGCAGAUAGAAUGCUUGAUAUGGGUUUCGAACCACAAGUUAGAAGAAUUGUUGAGCAAAUGGACAUGCCCCCACCAGGUGUCAGGCAGACAAUGCUGUUUAGUGCGACAUUCCCAAAGGAAAUCCAGAGAAUGGCAUCAGACUUCCUGGAGAACUACAUCUUCCUGGCUGUUGGAAGAGUUGGGUCGAGUACUGAAUUGAUUGUCCAGAGAAUUGAAUUUGUGCAGGAGGCAGAUAAAAGAAGUCACCUGAUGGACCUUCUACAUGCACAAAGAGAUACAGGAAAGCAAAUGCUCACGCUUGUCUUUGUGGAAACCAAAAGGGGUGCUGAUUCAUUGGAAAGCUGGUUGUGCAUGAAUGGGUUUCCAGCUACUUCUAUCCAUGGAGAUAGAAAUCAGCAGGAAAGAGAACAUGCUCUGAGAUCCUUCAAGAGUGGGCAGACUCCUAUCUUGGUUGCUACAGAUGUGGCAGCUCGGGGCCUUGACAUUCCUCAUGUUGCUCAUGUUGUCAACUUUGAUCUCCCCAAUGAUAUUGACGACUACGUACACAGGAUUGGAAGAACUGGGAGAGCAGGAAAGAGUGGCCUUGCAACUGCCUUCUUCAACGAUAAUAACUCAUCAAUGGCUAGAUCUCUUGCUGAACUAAUGCAAGAAUCUAACCAGGAAGUACCUGCAUGGCUCUCACGCUAUGCAGCUCGCCCAUCUUAUGGUGGUGGGGGAAGGAACAGACGGUCUGGAGGUGGGAACCGCUUCGGUGGCCGUGACUUCCGCAAUGACUCUUCCUCAUUCGGCAAGGGGAGUUCUCGUGGAGGUGGCGACUACUAUGGUGGAGGCAGCAGUGGUGGUUAUGGUGGUUCCUCUUCAUAUGGUGGUGGUGGAUAUGGUGGAGCUGGGGCUCCUAGUGCUUGGGAUUGAUGUUAUAGUCGCUCCCUGGUAGGGUUGCCAAGUCUAGGUCACUUUUUACUCUAGUUCUCUUUAGGUAUACAUUUUUGGUAGGAGCUGUUAUACAGCUAUAGUACAAGGUGAAUGGUAUCCCCUUUUUUCUUCUGGUUACUACCCGCUGCAGUCUUAUCUUGCCGAUGUUCAUUAUGGAGAGGGUCUUGAGGACUUUCAAGCACAUGAGAUUCCUAGUCAAGAAUAGGAUUUCGACUUCUGAAAUUCCUAGUUAGGGACAGUAGCUGGUGGUGUUGCUAGGCUGACAAGUAGUGCUUGAAGGGAAGUUUCUGCCUUUGCUUUUUCCUUUGUCCGUGUCUCAUUUUGGUGGUCGGUUGUAAAGCUUGUGUUGAGGGGGCUUUUGCGGCUUGAUUUUUGUCCUGGAUUCGAGUUUUGACACCCAGAGGUUGAAGAAGCGGUAGGAUCGUAAUAGUCCUUUAGAUCCUGUUGUAAUGUAUAUACUGUGAGGUGAGGCUGGAUAGAAUAAAUUAUGUAGGUUUAGAGGAAGAAGGGGUGAAGUCUGUGUGAUGGUUUCGUCUGAGGAUAUCUGUUAUUGUGUAUUGAGAAUUUCUUUUGGAUGGAGUUCAACUAAUAUUAGCAUUAUCAUCCAAAUGCAUUGUCUCCUGUACUAAAAUUUCAUGUAUCUUUGUGCAAUUAUGUUACCAUGA